GUGCAGUGAGCCGCUGCGCGCGGACUCGGACUCGGACUCGGAGUCGUACUCGGACCCACCCCGGCACGGCGCGGCUUAGCGCCGCCAGCUUCAGUGCUGACUGAGGAGGUCUGGAAGGAGAGGGCGGGCAGGAAGAGGCUGGAGUCCGUGACACCCCCCCUUCCUCCGCUGCGAGCGCCCGGACGGCGGCGAGAUGACGGCUGGGAGCCCCGGAGACUGCGGGGAAGUGCGGAGGAGCCCCGAGGGUCGCGUCUCCCGCCUGGGCCGCCGCCUGGGCCGCCGCCGGCGCCCGCGCUCCCCGCCCGAGCCUCUGCGGGUGCGGGCGCGGCUGCGGCUGCGCUCGCCGUCGGGGGCGUUCGCAGCGCUGGGGGCGCUCGUGGUACUGGUGGGCAUGGGCAUUGCAGUGGCUGGCUACUGGCCGCAUCGCGCCGGGAUCCCGGGGCCCCGGGCUGCAAACUCCAGCUCGCCCCCAUUGACCGAGCUGCGGCGCGAGGGUCGUGGCGCCGGCCGGGCCCAUGGCCCUCACGAGAGGCUGCGGCUGCUUGGACCUGUGGUCAUGGGCGUUGGCCUGUUCGUGUUCAUCUGCGCCAACACGCUGCUCUAUGAGAACCGCGAUUUGGAAACGCGACGGCUUCGCCAGGGGGUGCUGAGGGCUCAGGCGCUGCGGCCCCCCGACGGCCCGGGCUGGGACUGCGCUCUUCUCCCCAGCCCUGGUCCCAGGACUCCCCGAGCCAUUGGCUGCGUGGAGCAGGAAAGCUGGGACCUGUCCCCGCGUCGGGGUACUUCACCCGUCCCCUCACUGCGAAGUCUGCGUUCAGAGCCUGCUAAUCCUCGCUUGGGGUUACCUGCCCUGCUCAAUAGUUACCCUCUGAAGGGCUCUGGGCUGCACCCACCCUGGGGUCCACGGACCCAGACUGGCCAUGUGAUUAUCACCGUGCAGCCCUCUGGUUCCUGCAUUGAACAUUCCAAGUCUCUGGAUCUGGGACUUGGGGAGCUCCUGCUUGGGGCCCCAGCAGCGAGGGACUGUGCUCACCGAAGCUGGCCACGGCUGGACCGCCUCAGUCUGGGGGGUUAUGCCAAGUUGGGAGGAGGAGGGAACUUGGGGGCCCGGGUCUGAAGAGCAGGGGACAGCCUGCUAUGAGGCUGCAGCACGGACCUUGGUCCCAAUACAGGACUAGGAGUCCCAAUAUCUAGUAGCUGUCACAUCCCAGGGGAUGGAUGCUCUGGAGCCAGCAGCUGCUAAGGCACCCUGACUUGAAGGUUCACAGAGAAAUACCAACUGCACAAGGGUUCAAUAAGCCAGAGAGAACGUUUUAAUGUGGACUCUGGAGACCAGCAUGCCCUGGCCUCAGGAAUUCCUUCAGCCUCCAAAAGCGGCUUUAGCUCUGGACAGGUACCUGAAGGGGCUGGAGGUCCAGGCCAGGGUGAUUGGGAGAUGCAAGCUGGCAAAACUGAAGUGGUGGGCAAGGACCCUAAGACUUGGAAGGUAGGUUGUGAUGUUACAGGCUGGGAUAGGCUCCCUCCAUGGUGGCACUGGUGAGGGGGUUUGGGCCUUUGGGAAGAUGGGCAAUGGGGUAGAGAUGAGACCUUCCACUGCCAUCUGGAAUGGGGACUUAGCCUUUAACUCCUACCACCUCAACCCCCUUCUUCCCUCAGCCACGCAGGGUACAUCCCACUGGGCUACACUACUGCCAGUGCCUCCAUACUGAGGGUCUGACCCCUCCCCAAAAAGGCCUGAGAAGCCCCCUUCUCUCUUUUGUCGUGGCCUAUGCCAAGGAAUCUCCUUCCAGUUGGCAAAAAGCAUUUGCCAGUUCCCAGAAGUCCUUUUAUAUGUUGAAGUUGCAUUUUGGCCAAUGUGGAAAGCUUUAGAAAAUGGCUUAGACUGGGUCUCUCUGACCCAUGUUUAAUUUUUUCCAAGUUGCCACUAGGAGAAAAGAACUUUAAAAGUUGAUCAACCUUCAGGGAGUCCGUCUUUUUUUUUUUUUAAUUUAUUGAAAAAUGCAAUACAAGAAGCAAGACCAAACACAUAUCUAAACACUACCACCAUUUCUCUUACUACAAAAGGCCAAAACAGCAGACCUAAUUAUUGCCUACUUAAUCUAAGGAUUUUGCCAAUUUGAUUCUGCUGCCAUAGUUCCUAUUUUGUCAAGAAAUGUAAACUACUUGAUAAUGAUUCAUAAUCUUUUUUUUUUUUAAUUUACAAAGCUCCUUCAUUUUUGUCACCAAAAUAAAACAUUUGAGAGAGAUUUGUAAAACCACCCAGCCUGGGGCUGAGAUCCUGGGCAGCUAGUCCCACGAGCACUCCUUGGUGUUGGUCAAGCCAUAGCUCUGGCUCCAUUCCCAAGGUGGACUGUCACCCCCUCACCCCCAGCUGCCCCUAAGAACACACAGUGGGGGACUGGGGGUGUGUGGGCAAGAUUCCCUGACAGGUCCCUGCGGCUCUAUGGGCCCUUGGCUGAUAAAUUCAGAUCCUGCUUUGUGGGUGGGUGGGUGGCAGAGACCUCGUGUGGCUUGGAAGAAAUCUUUAUUUCUCAAAAUGAAAUAAAAAUAAAAUUGCAGCAAGAGUUGCUACUGUGGUAUGCCUGAGUCACUUCAGGAAAACUGCCGCCAAAUCUUUUAUCCUGGAAAUGAACUCUUCUCCCCUCUUUACCAUUUCCACCUGGACAGUCUGUUUUUCUUCAUGCACAAUGACACACACACAAUUGCAAGAAGGAAAAAAAAAAUCCAAAUAAUUGGCAAACCCCAAGUUCUCUAACCAGAGAGGCAGGAAAGGGAAAGAGGCUUGGAAGAACACCAUUCAUGGUGGCUUGUCCAAAUCCUGGCUUCUCAGCACUGGAAGGGCAUGGGGAUCUGGUCCAGUUUAUAGACAAGAAGGCAGGGACAAGUGUUAGUGAGCUGGUGACAGAUCGAGGGGAAAUUUGGGGGCCCGAUCCUGUGCUAUGAGAGCUGCUACUCUGACCUGGAGGGCACAGAAUAUUCGGUGUACCAGCUUCCUGAUGUGCAUGCCCCGGCCUCUUUUCCCAGCUUCAUUCCACAGGUUUCAGCUCUGUAAGCCCUUGCAGCUCUUCCAACAGGUCAGCUGGCCAUUGACAGGCGAGCUCACACCAGCCUGUUUGAGGUGAGCUGGAUUUCCAACCUCGCCACUGCUCUGGGCAACAAAGCCCAGGCUUGGGCUCCACCCUGAAAGCCCCAUGGUUCCAGACCCCAUGCCCCCAGGCCAUGAGUCUGUCCCUGAGACGGGGCACUCUCCUUUCCCCCUGGCCUGUCACACAUCCCACCUGAGCUCUUGUCCCUGCCCAGAGGAGAGCUACCUGUUGGUUAGUAACAGUCUCAUGUAAGUACUAAGAGGAAAAUGCACGCACCUGAAAUCAGUUCAAAUCAACCGAGUUUGUCUAAACAAAACUCAGCCAGGAGAGACUCUGGCACAUGUGGCUGGUUCCCACUGCUGGGAGCAGUGGCUGUAGACUUCUCUCCUGCUCACUGCCCUGGUGCCCCCUGCAACCGCUGGCUGUGACUGACUGUCUACUUCAGGAAGCUCACUUUCUGUCCUAGAAUUAGAAUUCUAAGAACUUCCAGACAGAUGUUUGUGGGAAGCAAGCUGGGAGAUUAGAGAAGCCCUACUGAAUAAAAAUGCCCCCAAAUCUUUACCAGGAAUAGUGGAAAUGGAGACAUCAGUUCUCAUUUUCAAAACCAAAAGAAAAAAAAUACAACAAAAAA